UGCCCAAAGAAAUUCAGCAGUGUGCUGAAAGAGACAGAACUUAGAAAGAGCACCGCCAGAGAGACAGAGAGACAGAGAGAGACCCCUGACUACAGUUUGCAGCUGUUUUUCCCCUCCUUCUCUUCUCUGCACAGAUUCUACCAAGGAAAGGCAUGAAAUAUGUCCUUCUUCUCUUCAGCUGCUCUUACUUACCUUGAAGAAUUUUAAAUAGAAACACUGCUAAGAAUCAUUAAGGAUCCAGGACUUUUCCAGCCCUUCUUUGAUGUGAUCUAUGAAGCAACAUUUGGUUACUAAAACAUCAAGCAACAUAAGCUAUGCUAAUAAUUUCUCUGAAAGGAGGAAACUUAGAGUGAUGAAAAGUAAGAUCAAACCAAAGGAAUCUGGAGAAAGAAAAGGAGAGCUUUGUUACAAUCACAUUAAACAGCAGCAAAACAAAUGCUUCCAGGAAAUCUGCAAAUCAGUGUAUAAAAGCAACAGCCCUCCUCUGCAGCUUGUUCUCAGAUGUAUACUGCCGCUAAAUGUGGAAAUUCCAUUUAGCCAUCAUGGAUUGAUAAAUAAUGAUAAACUAUCCUCCCAAAUUUUUUCAUGAAUUUAUAAGAACAUUGUUAAUGAAAGUUCGGGUCUUUUUGUAACUACUAAUCAACCAAGGAUUCCUCUGGGGAAAAAUGAACAGGAUCCAAUUUGUUUCAGCAUACUCAUAGUUUUUAAGCUAUGUAAUAGGAGAAGGCAUCUGAUUGUAAUCAACUUUUCUGAGCCAACUAUCUUCCUGAUACUGUCCCAUUGGUUGUGACAUGGGAACUGAUUGUGAGACUGGUGAAAGAAAGUAGCUAGAUUAGGAUUUUUUUCUAAGUAUCUGCGUGGCAGCUGUCAUAUGAGUCUGCGUGGAAGAAAAGUGAUAUUAUUCUGUGAAACCACCAUGAAUUCCACAAGCAUUACAGAAGGUUCUCUCUGCCUUUGGGAAAAGGUGUUGAUUGGAGCUAUUCUCACAGUCCUCAUUGUUGUGACUGUGUGUGGCAAUGUGAUGGUAUGCCUGGCGGUCUAUUUCAAUCGACGGCUUCGCAGCCUAACUAAUUGCUUCAUUGUCUCUUUGGCCUUUACAGACCUGCUACUAGGCCUACUGGUAUUACCCUUUUCAGCCCUCUAUGAGAUCUCCUCCCAUGAAUGGCUCCUGAACGCUACUUUCUGCAAUGUCUACAUUAGCUUGGAUGUCAUGCUGUGCACUGCUUCCAUUCUCAAUCUCUUCAUGAUUAGCCUUGAUCGCUAUUAUGCUAUUACAGCACCCCUCCGCUACAGCACUGUGGUCACUCCUUUACGAGUGGUGGUAGCUAUGAUUCUUAUCUGGAUAGUGUCCCUCAUGGUUUCUUUCCUACCCAUCCAUUUGGGAUGGAACACCAACGACACAACUAUCCAGAACCAGAUCCCAUCAAACGGGAAGCAAGAGUGCAAACUGGAGGUCAAUGUGAUGUAUGUUCUGGUGGAUGGCCUGCUUACUUUCUACCUCCCCUUAAUUAUCAUGUGCAUCACAUACUACCGGAUAUUUAAAAUAGCCAGGGAACAAGCAAAAAGGAUCAACCACAGCACUUGUUGCAAAACGGACAGAAAUAUACUGCCCACAGUGAAAGAACACAAAGCCACUGUGACUCUUGCAGCUGUGAUGGGAGCAUUCAUUAUAUGCUGGUUUCCCUAUUUUACUGUGUUCACAUACAGAGGUGUGAAGGGUGCAGUAUGUGACCCACUGCUGACUGUUGUCAUGUGGCUGGGCUAUGCCAACUCAGCGCUGAACCCCAUCUUAUAUGCCGCGCUGAAUAGGGACUUUCGGACAGCUUAUCAGAGAUUGCUCAAAUGUCGGCGAAUAGGACCAGAUGUCAGAGAGACUUCUCCAUCCCACGAGUUGAGAGACAAGACCUGCAAACAGAUGAUAAAUCUCUAUGAAAGUAAACAUCUAGAGACACAUCUAAUGAAUGGGAAGGUGAAGCCUCUAAUCAAAGAGACCAUAGAAAGGUAAAGUUCUCUGAAAGGUUCAGCCAUUACUAAGGUUGCUUUGGAGACAAAAGAAGCACUGAAAAUUUCUGCAUCCUGUUUAAUGGCACUCAGAUCAGAUGGGAUCAUCACCCUUUGGCAGCCUUGGGGAAAGCAGUGUGGCCUGUUA